UUAGAAGAGCAAUAUACUGAUCGAUUCAAAUCUCUGCUCAGUGCUUUCCCGCAUUUUUUAUCACUUCCGUUCACUCUGUCAAAAUUUCAAAUGAAACCCUAAUUCAAAUCUCGCAAUUCCAAAAAUCCAAAAACAAAAUCAUGGCCUCAACUCCGGAAGAACCACCGUGCAACUCCGCAACGGAGGAAGAAACCAUCGCGUUACGAAAGAAACGUUCACGGCGCGUGAGCUUUGCUGACCGCGAAAUCACGUCCGUACACAUAUUCAACCGCGACGAGGAUUAUGAAACUCCUCCUGAUUCCUCCGGUCAAAAUUUGCUGCUGCAGCAGCAGAAUAAGAAUCUAUCCGAUGAAGAAAAUGAACUUUUAGGGUUCUUCAGAGACCUCGCUGAUGUUGAUGAUUGUAAAGAAGAUUCUCCGAUUAAUGCUAAUGAUGAGGAUGAUGAGGAUGUGGAUGAUGUUAAUUUGAGGAGCUCGUUUUUUAGAACGGUUGAAUCUCCGUCUUCCGGUGGCAGUGGUACUAUUGCCGGUUCUGCUACUUCGAAUGACGAGGACAACUUUUUUGGGCCUGUAUCAGUCAGUUUCCUCAGACAUGGGAGGUUCUCUGAUUCUGCUGCAUCAGAUGAUAAUCAUGAUGUUACAAUGGAUUCAACAGCAUUUUCGAUGCAUUUUCGUAGUCUUGCAAGGUCGGAAUCAGGAGGAAACACAUCAAUUGAAAAGAAAACACCCUCCCAUAUAGCAACUCCUUCUGAUUCAGAAUUAAUGGAUCUAACAAAGGCUAAGAAGCUUCUUCCACGGUUUUGUCUUUCUGUUGAGAAAGCUAGUGGCGGUAGAGAUUCAAACGACAUGAGUCUAAUUUCUGAAAACCCGCGUAACUAUGAUUAUGGAAAACUAUCUCCUAACUUAGAAACAUUAUUGGCAGAAGGUAGCAAAGAUUUAAACGAUGCAUCUGUUUCUCAUUCGACCAAUCAAAAUUUAUUAAAGAGGGCUGAGGCUUUUCUGUCUAAUGAAAUUUUGAACGGACAAGUAGAUGAAGAAGAUUAUGAAGAAAAAGAAGCAGGCAAAAUUGGUAAUACAGGCAAAACUACUGUUGAUGUAUCUGAAGGUCAAAUGGAAUUAGAUGAAGCGAAUGGCUCUUUGUCAAGCAAUCAUGUGGAUCAGAAUACUGGAGAUUACACAUCUCGCCAAAAUGAAUAUUUUACAGCUGAUGUAUCUGUGGAACAAGAAAUGGAAACUUUUAACCAACUGAGCAAUAUGAAUAACAACUGUACCAAAUAUAUGGACGGGAUGAACUUUCCAACUAUCAGUGAUGUUGCUCCCCAGAGUAUCGAUGGUAAAAUAGCUCAGUUUAAUUCUUUUGCACAACAUGAAUCUAUACAAAAUCCAAAUGGCGGCUGCUUAGAAGAAUCUUCUCCUAAAGAUAGAAGAGGCAAUCAUGGCAUUUUUCAGAGUUCUGAUCAACUUAGAUCUCCGCUAGGUGGUUCCUCAUUCCCAGUGUCUGUUGCACAAAAGCAAAUAUUUUUGCAUGCUGCUAAAUCCGGUGGACAAUUAUCAUAUGUUACUCCUUCCCCAAAGCAACCUGGUUCCUUUUUCAGCCAGGAAAAUGUAAAGAUCAGUGAGAAUGUGUUGUCUAUUCACAAAAGCAGUUCUAGGAUCAAGCUUUUUGAGCCUUCUCCCCUUGCCCAUACUUUAAAAGAUGGCAUUGAACGAUCAAAACUCAGAUUAUCAAAGUUUCAUUCCUCUAAUGAUGUUGCUGAAGAGAAAUGCAACGACAUCAGGAAUAAGAACAUGGUGACUCCAGUUGUUAACUUAGAAAAGCAUUUAUUUAAUGUUGAUCGGGAGAAUAUACAUCAUAAGGAUUCUGGCUAUAAGAGUAUUGCUGAUAUUAGCAACCCAAAGAACUAUGGCAAUUUGACCAUAAAUCAGGGAGCUGUAACCCUCUUAGAGGAUGGGGAAUCUCUAAUUUCAAAGGAGGGAGCUAAUCUGAUGUCAACUGAAGUGGCUUCGCCUUUAUAUUCUGCUCCGUCACAUAAGAAAGCCGAGCAGCAUGGUUUGAUACCAGAGAAGUCCAGACAGAAAAAUGUGGUUGUUUCUGGAUCAGAUUCGCCAUCAUCUCCAGUCAAGCUGGAUCAUAGAAAUGAUGCAAAUACUUAUCCACCGGACAACUUGAUUUCUCCUUCAGCAAAAAAGUUGAAACAUAAGUUAUCUUCAUCAAAGAAACAACCAGGCAGUCUCUCAUAUGUCCUUCAGUAUGAUAAUCUUGCAGGCAUUGUCUUGGGGCAGGAUAAGAUAGCUAAUGCUUCCGGUGACAGCCAUUUUAAUACAGUAACAGAUGAAUUGGAAAUGUUAUCUGCUGAAGGGAGAAUACAGUCUAACCCACCCCUUCUAGAGGUUUCUCAUUUCAGGGAGAACAAGGUGCAUGAACCACAACAUUGUUCUCCUGAUAUGCAGCAGACAUCUGAAACUCUACCAAGUUUUGUAACUCCAUUAAGGGUGAGGAAUUCCCUGAAGUGUCAUUCAGGAAGCCCUGGUAAGAAUGUCCCCUUAACAACUGGCCAAAUCCUUUCAGGACAGGACAUUAAUGUGCAAAAGAAUGAAACUUUUUCUGGUGUGCCAUCUUCCCCCAGCAUUCUGAGGGGUUUUGUAAAUGAGCCAUCACACAUGAAGAUCCCUUUUGAGAAAGAGAUACUUCAAAGUCCCUGCAGGAAAGAUCUUGGCAAGGUAUUGAAUGAUGAGAAUGUGCAUUCCUUGACUAUGAAGAUCACACUGUCUCCAAAACCCACUUCCAAUGGACCUGUUCAUGGCGACAGCCAUAUGAAAUUCCAUAUUUCUGAUAGUGAUAUUUUUGUACAAAAUCUACCAAACUCUUCCAUACGAAAAAGAAAGAUCAAGGAACUAGUUCCUGUGGAAGCAAGCCAUGCAGAUAAAUUCAAGAGGACUGCGAUGAGUCCAAAUAUCCAUACAACUCAGAUCUCUAACUCUGAAUUGAUGUUGGAAUGUGCUAGUGGAAGUGACAAUAACGAGAAAAUGACUGGAAGUGACACCGCGAUGAAGCAUUGGAGCGAUAUUUUACUAAAAUUCUCAGCAGAGACACAACAGCUGCUCUCUCCAUCAAUUGAUAAGCUAAAGAUAACUUCGAUUGAUCUGCUGCAAGAUAUUCUGGUUCACCUGCAGAGGACUAAGAUGUAUGAUACAUUCUGCUCCCAGUUAUGCCCUCAGAAAAUAUGUGAUCAGCUGAAUGAAUUCAGGAAAAACAGAAUUGCUGAAACAAUGAAGUUGCUAUAUAAGUUAGCAUAUGGAAAGGCAAGGCAGCAAUUGAUGUCUGUCACUCGUGAAAAGAUGCUGAAAAGAGCAGAACAACUUACCUUGGCAGUGCAAAAGUCUCAUAUGCUGAACUCAAAUAGAAAAUGCCUAUGUUUACCUAAUGACAACACUGCUAUUGAUGGGAAUCUUAAAAAUCCAGUGGGAGUUAAUUUGAGCAAAAAGGAUGAGGUUUCCAGAAACAAAGUAGUUACAAUGAAGCAUGAAUUUGAAGCUUUAGAUAGACAAAUAGUGCAUCUCACAAAAGAAAUUCACGGUUACUGCAAAAUGAAAGGAGAACCAAGCAUUUCUAAGACUCUUGCACUGCUAAAUGAUCAACUGAAAACGAAAGGCUCUUGCAGGCUUAUACAUGAGAAGUUGCAGUUGUGGAAAGUUGAUGAAUUCGCGAGGAAGAAUGGUAAACAAACUAUUGUUCUCGAUUAUCAAGGCUUACUCUCCCAAAGGUUUGCGAUUAAUGGUGGUCCUAUUUCUAACAUAUUUGUUUCAGCUGAAUUAGAUGACCUGAAUAUUGCAAAGAUUUUCCCAAACAUGGAUGCUUGUGUCGCAUUUUCAUGCGUUCUGAAUACCAAGACCAUUAAGAAAAAUAUUGGGUACAAAAGUUUUGCUCAAGAAACACAAGUUACUUGUUCACUUCUACAUAAUCUGCUUGAUGUGGUUGGAGAAGUACAACAUGCACGAGUAGAAAUUAGAAAUUUGAUCCACACAAGCUUUCAAUCUUCUUCGGUUGAGCAGCUUGAUUUGCAGCUUUCCUUCCUUGAUUUUAACAAUGGUAGGAAGGUGAUGGUGACACUUGAUAUGGCAUGUUUGAACCGUGGGGUCUAUCCUUCAGACAUCUUGCCAUAUCAGUUACAAGCUUUUGUUGCUGGGGCAUACAUGUCACUUCCUGAGACACUAUCAGCUAAAAUAAAAGAUGCAGCAGAUGGUCUUAAAGUUGGGUAUUCAAGGAUUAUGAGGCUUUGCAAGUGUAUUUCCCAGGUGUUAGAGUCCUCGAGCACAUGAACCUGCUUUUAGAUUUGCUUUCUCGGGGUUUUCUUCGUGUGCCUGUUCAUUUUUUGUAGGGUUAAGCAUCUCUGUUAAUGCCCAAACAGAUUUGUGCCCAUGAAAUAUGUAGUAAAGUUAAUAUCGAUUACUGCAUAUAACUUGCUGUUGAUGCAAUGGAACUGAUGGGCAAGUUGUGGCUUGAGGAUGCACCCCUCCUGCAUCUUUAUGCUUACAGGCUUCAAGCUUUGUGAUUCUAUUUAGCCAUUCUACUUUUGUUUGUUAAAAAUUAUGUCUCGUUUUAUCCUUUCAGUUUCUAGUGCUAUUAUUCUUUAGGCGGCAUUUGAAGUUCCUAGAAGGGACUUUGUUAUUUCUGCUGCAAAAAUUGUUAUCAUUAGUUUGAUGGUAAAGGAUUUUCAGAAUUCUGAAGGACUCGAAUAAAUUAAUGCUGAGAUCAGAAGCAGAUGUAGCAAUGAAGCCGAGGAACAAAUCCGGAAAAUUCGACAUACAUGGAAUGAUGUGGGAAAUGAGGACUAAUGUUACAUUAUUUGUCUACAUGGUGUGCAGCAAAUUUUGAUUGAUCAACAGUCUCUGGUGUUCGGUUGUUGUCAACGUUAUUAUGGGUUGUAAAAUUUAAAUUUCAGGACCACUUUGACAUGCAUGUCCAAUAUGGACAGCUGAGGAUUGUGAUUGUUCACAUAUGUGAUUAAAUUUUUACUUUUUAUGUUUUAA